AUGAGCUUGGUGGUGCACGCCCUGGUCUGCCUGCUGGGCACCGGCUCUUGGGUGGCCAUCAACGGCAUGUGGGUGGAGCUGCCCCUCAUCGUGCCCAGCGCCCCAGAGGGCUGGUUCCUGCCAUCCUGCCUGACCGUCAUCACCCAGCUGGCCAACGUGGGGCCCCUGGCCGUCACCCUGGCGCACCGAUUCCUCCCGGGGCGGCUCAGCGAAGUGGGCGUCAUCUACGCCAUCCUCUCCCUCGGCUCCCUGGCCUGCCUGCUGCUGGCCUUCUUCUGGGGGGAGACCAGCGUGGUGGGCGGCUCCCCCCGGAGCGUGGCCCUGCUCAGCCUCUUCUUCCUCCUGGCCCUGGUGGACUGCACCUCCUCCGUCACCUUCCUGCCCUACAUGCAGAGGCUGCGGGCGCCCUACCUCAGCACCUACUUCGUGGGCGAGGGGCUGAGCGGCCUCCUGCCAGGGCUGGUGGCACUGGGCCAGGGGGUGGGCACGCUCCGCUGCGUCAACGGGAGCCAGCAGGGCAACGGCACGGGCCUUCGGGCAGAGUACCAGCCGGCCCGCUUCUCCGCCACCGCCUUCUUCCUCUUCCUCUGUGCCAUGACGGCCUCUUGCCUGGCUUCCUUCCUCCUCCUCAACCACCUGCCAGCCGCCAGGCGGGAGCAGGCCAAGGAAAAGUACCGGGUGCGAGUCCAGAUGGAGGUGGCGGGCGGCGGGCGGGCCACGGUGGAGGAGCGGCCCAGGCUCAGCGACCCCGCGGGCAGCCUCUUCGGAUCCGGAACCUACUCCUGGCCCCAGGUAGCCUACAUCUUUGGGCUGCUGGGCUGGGUGAACGCCCUGACCAACGGCGUCCUCCCUGCGGUGCAGUCCUACUCCUGCCUGCCCUAUGGAAACACCACGUACCACCUCUCUGCCACGCUGGCUGCCUUGGCCAACCCCCUCGCCUGCCUCCUGGGGAUGUACCUACCCAGCAGGUGAGUGGGCUGCUGGGAAGGGGGCAGAAGGCACACACAGGUCAGUUCACAAUAUGGGGUCAGUUCACAAUAUGUGCAGAUGGUCUGGCUGAGUCAGGGCUUGCGCUGUCAAUGGAGGGGCGUAGGGCAGACCUCUGGGAUUUCCUAGAAUUGGAAGGGACCCUAGGAGUCCUCUACCUGUAGUCCAACCCCCUUCAGUGCAGAAAUUGCAGCCAUAGAAUCCCUAAUCCAGAAGCCAUCCAAUUUCUCCAACAAAGGAGAACUCCGCGACCUUCUGAGGGAGUCCAUUCCACUGUAUAAUAAUAAUAAUAAUAAUAAUAAUUAUUAUUAUUAUUAUUAUUAUUAUUAUUUAUUUAUACCCCGCCCAUCUGGCUGGGUUUCCCUAGCCAUUCUGGGCAGCUUCCAACACAAUAUUAAAAUACAGUAAUGCCUCAAACAUUAGAAGCUUCCCUGAACAGGGCUGCCUUCAGAUGUCUUCUAAAAGUCUAGUUUUUUUCCUUGACUUCUGUUUCUUUCCUUGACUUCUGAUGGGAGGGCAUUCCACAGGGAGGGUGCCACCACCGAGAAGGCCCUCUGCCUGGUUCCCUGUAACUUCCCUUCUCGCAAUGAGGGAACCGCCAGAAGGCCCUCGGCGCUGGACCUCAGUGUCCGGGCAGAAUGAUGGGGGUGGAGACGCUCCUUCAGGUCUACAGAGCUGAGGCCGUUUAGGGCUUUCAAGGUCAGCACCAACAUUUUGAAUUGUGCUCGGAAACGUAUUGGGUUUCUUAUGGUCAGAAAGUUCUUCCUGACAUUUAGUCAGAAUCUCCUCCCUUGCAAUUUGACUAUGUUGGUUCGGGUCCUCUCCUCUGGAGCAGCAGAAAACAAGCUGGCCCCAUCUGCUGAGUGGCAGCCCUAUAGAAGUUUGAAGGUGGCUCUCAGGUCACCUCUCUCGCCCUUCCGUCUUCUCUUCAUGCCCUUUGCAUGCCCCCUUGGGGUCUGUGGGGACGGAAGACGUUAUUCAACAAGAAAUGUAACCAAUAACGAAGCUGGCCCAUCAAGGGUGGCUGGCAUUAAGGCAGCGUGCCCAGGUUGGCUCCAGCACCAAAUCCCUCAACCAUCCCGCUUUGAGCAGGACAGCCUGGAAAUACAGAAGCCAUCCCAGGUCCCGAAUGGACCUCAGGGUGUCCUAUUUUUUGUGUCCUAUUUUUUGUCCUAUUUUUUGGUCCCAUGUUCUCGUGGGAGCCGGCUGCAAGAGCAUGAGACCAAAAACCGAUCACCUCUGUUUUGAUCAGAGGGGGGUUGGAGGAAAUGCAGCUGCCCAGCAGAGGUGCCGCUGAACCUGGAGAGGGCAGGAUGCCCUGGUGUUAAGCCUGGCGGCCUCCACCAGACCAGGGGUGUUGGGAGGGUCCUGAGCUGGGAUCCUGAGCCAUUUCUCUCCCCCUCCCCGACUUCUCCCCCCCACCCUAGAUCCUUGAUGCUCAUGGGAGUCUUGUCCCUUGCGGGAUCCCUGUUUGCUUGCUACAUCAUGGCCAUGGCGGUGCUCAGCCCUUGCCCUCUCCUGCUGCAUGGAUCCCAUGGAGUCGUCCUCAUUGUAAGUAUGAGUGGGGGGGGGCAGGAUAAGGCCCUUGCACCCUUGCACCCUUCCUCCCACUUCAGCUUCCUCAGGCACCCGGAGGCAAUGCCUUCCACUACCGUCUCCCAAAUCGGAUGCCAAGCUGCCUCACUGUGGAAUACACACACACACACACACACCGGAAGUCAGGCCUGCUCCACCAGUCCAGCAUCAGCAAGCAAGCAAGUAUAGGAGGGGCCAGGAAAGUGGGCAGGGGGAGAGAAACCCCCACCUCUCAUUUAUUAUGGGACAUCUAAACAGAUGUAAGGGGGCGCGGGUGGCGCUGUGGUCUAAACCACAGAGCCUAGGACCUGCCAAUCAGAAGGUUGGCAGUUCGAAUCCCCACGACGGGAUGAGCUCCCGCUGCUCGGUCCCAGCUCCUGCCAACCUAGCAGUUCGAAAGCACGUCAAAGUGCAAGUAGAUAAAUAGGUACCGCUCUGGCGGGAAGGUAAACGGCGUUUCCGUGCGCUGCUCUGGUUCACCAGAAGUGGCUUAGUCAUGCUGGCCACAUGACCCGGAAGCUGUGCGCCGCCUCCCUCGGCCAGUAAAGCGAGAUGAACGCCGCAACCCCAGAGUCGGCCACGACUGGACCUAAUGGUCAGGGGUCCCUUUACCUUUUUAUCCUUCUUUUUUAUUACUUUCAGGACAGCAAUAAGAAAUAUAAAACCAACAUACAGUGGUACCUUGGUUCUCAAAAUUAAUCCGUUCCAGAAGUCCAUUCCAAAACCAAAGCAUUCCAAACCCAAAGCGCACUUUCCCAUAGAAAGUAAUGCAAAAUGGAUUAAUUCGUUCCAGGCUGUUAAAAACAACCCCUAAAACAGCAAUUGAACAUGAAUUUUAUUAUCUAACGAGACCAUUGAUCCAUAAAAUGAAAGCAAUAAGCAAUGUACUGCAGUCACACAAUCAAUCAAUCAGUAGCUGAACUGGGUUCCACACAGUCACAAGAACAAAAAAAACAGAGCCACAAAAACACAAAAUAACGAGCUAAAACAGACAGACCUCAGCGUAAUACUCAAAAUGGAAGAGUAACACUCAAAUCAGAAGCGUAACACUCAAAAUGGAGCAUGUUCGGCUUCUGAAAAACAGUUCAUGAACCAGAGCACUUAUUUCCGGGUUUGCAGUGUUUGGGUUCCAAGUUGUUUGAGUACCAAGGUACCACUGUAUUAAGGAAAAUAUUUUAGCCAGCUGAACCGGCAGAAGGCUUAGGUUGGCAGACAUAUCUAAUGGGCUCCCAUUUAACUCAGUAUUGCCUGCCUGAACUGACAGCAGUGGAUCUCUGGGGUCUCCGUGAGGGAGCCCUUGUUUAGAAAGGAAGCAGCAGGAUCAGUGGUGAUCCAGGUGAGGCUUUAAGAGGCCAGGAGGGCGAAGAGGUCCUUGCCUGAGAGUCCAGGGUGUCACAACCAAAAAGGCCCUCCCUCCAGGCACUACCAGGCACAUGACCUCAUUGGGUGAGGGGCACUCAGGGAAAGACCCCUGGCAGCUGCUUUGGAGGCGGGCAGCUUCAUGUGAGAAAAGGCAGCGCUUGAUAUCAUGGCCUCCGAACAGAGUCUAGUAUCCUCUUCUCCCCAGUGUGGACUGCAGAGCCCCUACGGAUCAAUCAUGCACAAGAUCUAACAUCUGAAGGUGGCCGAAUGUCAGGGUGCUUCAAUGAACCUGCAUUUUGUGGCCUUGAGACCCUGUGCCUUCACCCACUGCUCAUCGAUAGGGCACCCAGAGGCCCUUGGCCACCCCCUGCUGACGCUUGGCUUCCUUUGCAGAUCCUGUGCUGGGUGCUCUUCGUCGGCCUUCUCUCCUACGUCAAGCUGAUGAUCGGGGUGGUCUUGCGGGAUGAGGGGCACAGCGCCCUGGUCUGGUGCGGGGCGAUGGUGCAGCUGGGCUCCAUGGUGGGCGCCCUCCUCAUGUUCCCCUUGGUCAACGUCUACAACCUCUUCCACUCCGGAGACCCUUGCAACACCAGCUGCCCUGACUAG